UGCGACUGAAGAGAAUAAUUUGGCCAGCUAGAUUCCGGAAAGAUAACAGGACACCUAAGUACUUUGGACCGGCGCGGAAAGAGGAGGCCUGACCUUGGAAGCGGAACGGGGUCCUGCGGCGGGUCCUUCCGGGGGGUGACAUUCAGCGGCCGUCCGGGGCGACGGACCUUCCAGCUUAGAACUAUGGCCCAGUUUGUCCGUAACCUCGCGGAGAAGGCCCCGGCGCUGGUGAACGCUGCUGUGACUUACUCAAAGCCUCGACUGGCCACAUUUUGGCACUAUGCCAAGGUUGAGCUGGUUCCUCCAACCCCUGCUGAGAUCCCUACAGCUAUUCAGAGCCUGAAAAAAAUAGUCAAGAGUGCUCAAACUGGUAGCUUCAAACAGCUCACAGUUAAGGAAGCUCUGCUGAAUGGUUUGGUGGCCACCGAGGUGUGGAUGUGGUUUUAUGUCGGCGAGAUCAUAGGCAAGCGUGGCCUCAUUGGCUAUAAUGUUUGAAGACCAAUCUUUAACAUCUGUUUAUAUGUGGCUUAUUAUCUGAGUGUUCUUGGACCAUGUGUGAUCAGACUGGUAUUUGAAUAAAAGAAGAUAAUGUAUCAAAAUCAAUGUUUUCUCUAUCAGAUGCUACAUGGAUCACAGUUUCUCUUGAUAAUAAGAUGAGUUGUCUUCCUUUAAUACAUUAAUAAAGCUCUAAGGGCAUGUCUUUUGCUUAGCCUAAAAUUGGAGAGGAUAUAUGUGAAUAUACCAGUCUGGCAAAUACAUUCAUGAGGAUAACAUUCUAAUUUGAAGAUUUGAAAUACAUGAUAAAUUUAUUUGAUUUCCAGAAUAGUCAGGAGAAAGGUCUUAGGAAAACUAGGACUUGCUACAGUAGGAAAAAUAGUAAUACCACAUGCCAAAUUGAUACAGUUAAAUCAUGUCCAUAAUAUAAAGAAUGAAAUUUGGAUGGUUUCUUUUUGCUAGAAUCAGAGAUAGACUUUGAUAACACCUGCAUUUACAAAUGUUAGAGUACUUGGUGGUAUUCUAAGUAAGUAUCUUUAUACCAUCUUUAACACCAGGACAGAGCUACUGAGAGCCACCACCUCCUUUUUAAAUAUAAUUUUGAUGUGUGUGAUAUUAUUAAUCUAUUCAGUGCAUGAUUUUUGGAGCCUGUCUUUACAAAAAUAAAAUACUCUAUGGAUAUUUAAAUAGUUAUAAAUUUAGUAUCCUCCAUGGUUCUAACGAGUACCAUUAUGUCCUGAAAUAAAUAGAAAUGCUUGCUCUCA